AGUUGGAUUGAAGAACAACAUGGUGCUGCUACAAUAUAACCUUGGUGCAGGCAGUGCACGGAUUUAUAGUGAGCCGUUGAACCGUAGUAAGGAGUGGCACGUGGUAGUAGCCGGACGAGAUGGGCUUGACGGCUGGCUUUAUGUUGAUGAUCAGCAGCGGAAAGAAGGCAAAUCUGGUGGUUCUCAUGUUGGACUGAACCUGGCUGAGCCACUGUACAUUGGUGGCAUUCCUGACCCACGCCAGAUUCCAAGUGUACUGGAGUUCAAGAGCGGAGGCUUUCAUGGCUCUAUUUAUGAUGUAGCAAUUAGAUUUAGCACUAAAAGACAAUUCAUCCAGCUGUCAACUUCGACAAGCGUCCAAGGGUCAUCCAAAGAGUGGGCCGUGGUGAAAGGAAGGAACGUUAGAGAUGGAGACUACGAUGAGUGCUCAUCCCGUACACCACCAUGUUACAAUGCAGGAAACUGCACGCGAGAAGGUGCAACAUACCUCUGCUCCUGUCCCACGGAAUGGGCCGGUCUGUACUGCAGCAGUCGACGAGUGCCAUGCUAUGGAUAUGACAAUCCUUGUAUCAGUGGAACUUGCCGUCCAGAUGGACACGAUGUAAAGUGUGACUGCCCGUUAGGGAAAACCGGACAAUUUUGUGACCAAGAUAUUUUAAUUGAAACACCGCUGUUCCAGAAUUUUUCAUAUAUGCUGUUUCCGAAGACCUACGUAAGAACUAGUACCCAGAUCACCAUCAACUUCAAACCCUUGGCCCUCAAUGGAAUUCUGUUUUAUGUAUCUCGUAAUGAUCAAAGCACAACGGGGGACUUCUUGUCCAUUAUUCUGCAUAAUGGGUAA